UUUUGUUACUUCCCAUUAUUUUGCAACACUGCUUGCUGUUCUCCUCUGAAACUGGGAAAUCAAUUCUGAGCUUUCAUACAGACAGAGAAAAACAUUCAAUGUAACUCUCUUCUUCAAAGUCAUCUGUAUUUCCAACAACUUUCCUGGAAGAUGGAGUUUAUCUUCAUGUCCGCACCUGCCGUGCUGCGAUUCAGUAUUGUGUUGUGGAUGGUGGCUCUCUCUGUGUCAGAAACAUGUGAUGGCUUCAGGGGUUUCCCUGGAAGACCAGGUAUUCCAGGAGCUCAUGGUGCUUAUGGGAAGGAUGGUCUAAAAGGGGAGAAAGGAGAUCCAGGUGAUGAUGGCGUGCCGAUGAUCGGGCCAAAAGGUGAGCCGGGAGCUGAUGGUUUUCCAGGCAGAUCGGGUCUGAUGGGGGACGAGGGGAUUCCAGGGCAACCAGGACCACCGGGUUUGAAAGGAGAGAAGGGGGAUAUAACUGGGGAUGACUCUUCAGAUCUGUAUUCUGUUUUCUCUUACACAAAAAGUCCUAAGACACAGCUGGUUCAUCCAAACAAACCAAUAAUAUUUAGUAACUCACUAAUCAACAUUGAUGGCGAUGAGCUCCUGUCUGAUGGUGUCUUCAGAGUACUAAUAGCUGGCAUGUAUUACAUCAGCUACCACGUGUCUGCCUCCCAGUCUGCUUGCCUAAAAAUUCAGGUGGGGGAGGAGGAGAUGAUCAGGUUUUGUGAAGCUCCUGGAAAUGUACUGGUGACAGCAGGGUCUUUGGUACUGCCACUGAAGAUAGAUGACACAGUGUCUAUACAAACCACUGUCCCUAGCACUAUCAAUAGUAGAGAAACUGACUGCAUUUUUACCGGUUUCUUGCUCUUCCCAAUGAAUGUGUGAUAAUAAACAUACUGUGUGCUCAUAAAAACUUAUUUCAGCAAUCAGACUUUCCUCUUCAAAUCUAUUCUUCCUCAGAUCAUAUUUUGCAACCACUGCUUGGUAAUAUCAGAUGUAAUGUGCUCAUUAAAACUAUACACUAUCA